CGAAAAUUUACAUACGGUUAGCCUAAAUUUUCACUCGGGCUACUCGCCCGUCCAGUAUUCCGUAUAAAUAUAGAUGUGACGCUGAAUCGAAGACUUGUGUGAAAGUGUACGCCGCCUUGGUAGGAAGUGUAUUGUCUACCGAUUGAACCCGCUGGCUUCUUAUAUUCAGUGGCCGGCGCGCGGCUUAGUUACAAACUACUAUCGUGUGCAACCGGGGAAGAAUCAUAGUGUUCUCGGUGAUAAUGUGGAUUCGCUCGUUAGUUUGCAUGCUCGUCCUGGCCGCGGUGGCGCGUAGCAUCAAUUGCGAGGCAGAUGCACAACCAGCAGCAGUUGCGGACAAUCAGAAUGUUACCUUGAAUGGUACAUUGGCUGACGCGACGUCAGUGGACGACAAAAAUUUUUGGGAAUGGCUAUAUGGUAUCAUAGGUGCGCCGGUGCUGACAACAACUCAAUCUCCGCCGCCAAUGAACGAGAUUAAAAAAUGCAUGCCUUGCCAAUGCGGGUUGACAAAUACACAAAGGCGUAUAGUGGGCGGCACGGAGACAAAAGUGAAUCAAUAUCCAUGGAUGGUCUUGAUGAUGUUUAGAGGACGAUUCUACUGCGGUGGAUCGGUUAUAAAUUCCCGCUAUGUAGUAACUGCCGCACACUGCGUUGACAGGUUUGACCCGAGUCUCAUGUCGGUUCGAAUAUUGGAGCACAAUCAGAACUCCACCACAGAAGCCGAGACGCAAACGUUUAAGGUCGAGAGCGUGAUGAAACACAGUGGUUAUUCAACGUACAACUACAACAACGACAUCGCGUUGGUCAGAUUAACCGAGCCCAUUGAUUUUAAGGGAAACAUGAGGCCUGUAUGCCUGCCAGAAAGAGAGAAAUCUUUCGCCGGCGCGACCGGUGUGGUGACCGGAUGGGGCGCGAUCCAAGAAUCCGGCCCGACGUCCCAAACUCUUCAGGAGGUCAUGGUGCCGAUUUUAUCGAACAACGAAUGUCGCAAUACUAAAUAUCCGGCGCGAAGGAUCACGGACAACAUGCUCUGUGCUGGUUACAAAGAGGGAAGCAAGGAUUCGUGUCAGGGUGACAGCGGUGGUCCAUUACACAUCGCCAACGACAACAACUAUCAUUUAGUCGGAGUCGUGUCCUGGGGCGAAGGUUGCGCGAGACCCGGUUAUCCAGGCGUUUACACCAGAGUGAACCGGUACCUGACAUGGAUCAGCCGCAACACUAUGGAUGCUUGCUAUUGUUGAUUCGAUAUGCGCCAAGGAAG